UGCGGCCAUUGGCCAGGGAGGGGGGUACGGAAGCCGGCUGCGGCCAGGGGAGGGCGGUUCCCGCGGACGGGCCGUGCCGGGCGCCGCCAUGGAGCUGGGCGAGAUGCUCUACAACAAGUCCGAGUACAUCGAGACGGCCUCCGGGAACAAGGUCAGCCGGCAGUCGGUGCUGUGCGGGAGCCAGAACAUCGUCCUCAACGGAAAGACCAUCGUCAUGAACGACUGCAUCAUCCGGGGGGACCUGGCCAACGUGCGCGUCGGGCGGCACUGCGUGGUGAAGAGCCGGAGCGUCAUCAGGCCCCCCUUCAAGAAGUUCAGCAAAGGGGUUGCCUUCUUCCCUCUGCACAUCGGGGAUCAUGUCUUCAUUGAGGAGGAUUGUGUUGUCAAUGCGGCUCAGAUUGGCUCCUAUGUCCACAUAGGCAAGAAUUGCGUCAUUGGUCGCAGGUGUGUCCUGAAAGACUGCUGCAGAAUCCUUGACAACACAGUGUUGCCUCCGGAAACAGUAGUCCCGCCUUUCACCGUCUUCUCUGGCUGCCCGGGGCUCUUCUCGGGGGAGCUGCCUGAGUGCACGCAGGAGCUGAUGAUCGAUGUCACAAAGAGCUACUACCAGAAAUUCCUGCCCCUCACCCAGAUUUGAGAAGCUCCUCCUUGGGCGGGGGGCUCAGGACUGGCAUGGCCUACGGGUGCCCUGCAGGCAGCUGGCUCCAGAGCUGACCAGCAGGCUUGCUGAAAGCUUCCCAGUCAGGCCACCUUCCUUGUUGGCGAUGUCCUCCCGCCUGGAUUGACCAGGCCCUCGCCAGAAGUUCUGGUUUCCUCUGGAUGGUUGGAAGAGGCUGGCCUUGACCUGACUCUCCUCAUUGUACUCCAUGAUGGUUUAACUCUAAAUCCGCUUUGUUCUGUCGAGCAGGGGAGGGAAACAGUCCGUGCUUGUGGGGUUGGUCUAGGAUGUUGCUGCUCUUGUUCUUGCUGGUCCUUCCCGCUCGAUCACUAUCCUCCCUUGAGGUGCAGCCUUCUUGCUGCCGUUCCUUUUGUUCUGGAGCCCCUCAGAGCUUUCCUCGGAUGCUGUCAAGCCGUCUCUUCAGGCGCCAGUUGUGAAAGCAGCUGCAGCCCAAAUCCAGAGCUCUGCUUUGUGGGCUGUUAAUCAAAGCGGAUCUUUCCUCCUCCGAUUCUUUGUGGGGUUCAGGAGUGACCUGAGCUGGCAGGGCCGGAUCACGCCACUCUCCAAGGGACCACAGCUGCACCCUCCAACCGAAGGUCACUUAGGAGAAACUGGGCAAGAGGAAAGGACUGUAGGGGAGAUUAGCUACUUAGGGGGAGGGCAGAAGCUGCUGCCAGGCAAAUAGUCUCUGGGGGAGGUGCAGCCUCUUCCUUGCUCUUCCCUCUCUCAGCUCUUCCCAGUGCUCUUUGUCCGCCCCCUCCCCCCAAUAGGUAAAGCAGCCUAAUUUGUGUCUCUUCAUUCUUAGUCGUCUUGUGCUGCCACUUUCUGCAUGUUAGACUUCAGUUUAAGUUGCUCCAGGCUCUCUGUGUGGCCGCACUCGCACACAUGUGUGUGUGUUUCUACGUUCUUGGCCUCUAAACCUCCACUGUGUAUUAACCAACCAGGGACCAUUUUGGCAGAUUGCAGGAACCCUUGCUCACUGCACAGGUGCUCUCUGGUUUGUUGGCUUUUACCUGUAUGUAUAUUAAAGUCUGAACUGCCCAACCGA